AUGGAAGACUUUAAAAGAAACGGAACCGCAACAGACACCAUCAGCAAGCGAGAUAAGAGGAGAAACAAUAUUGCUACUCGAUUACAAAAACUAGAACUGACGUUCAAAAAUGAUCGAGAUAUUUUUUAUCGCAAUAGCUUACAUGAAUUACAAAACAAAUUAGCAAGUCUACAACAAGGCACCAAUGAAGAAUAUGUGACAAAGAAAAUCCAACUAGAGGAAGCGAGAGAUUACGAGUUGACUAAAUUACGUCUUUGGGAAGAGUACCAAGUGAAAAGCAUUGAAAUGGAAUAUCAUCAAGCUUUGCAAAAGGCGAAGGAGAAUCACGAUAAGAUGAUCAAAUUGAUCAAGGAAAAAUUGUACGACAAACUACAGAAACAGAUCAAGACUUUAAAAGAGGAUAAGUACUUGUUGAAUCUUUUAAACAGUAAUAGUUACAAUCACGAUAAAGAAGGUGGAGGAGCAAACAGAGACAAUGAAACACUAGCGGCGGCAAUGGGGUUGAACUUUCACGAUCGAAGAUCUUUAAGAAAACGUGGUGAGUAUCUUGGCAGAUUCGCAACUGGAGAAAUGGAUGAUCUAUCAGAUGGCGGAGGUGGUGGUUUGAAUGGUAAUCUAUCUUGGGCACGGAAUGGCUCUGGUUACAUUUCUCUGGGCAAAAGAAGACGGCUACAUACAACACGGUAUUCAUCAAACGAUGAAGUAUCGAGCAGUACGGCGAGUGCUAAACCAUGGCACAACGGACAUGCAAGCUCUGCUGCAGCUUCUGCUGCCGGUAAUCAACAUAGCUCGAUACACGCUCAGAAUAGAUCCAAUGGUGGUGUUCAAAGUGGAUACGAGUCCAAUUUCAGUGAUAAAGAUUACGAUGCAUUGAAUUCGUUUAUAAUGGAGAAUGAAGACGGAGUUAAGUCAUUGAUUUAUGAUGGAAAUGGAUUGAAUGGCGAUGAUGGAAGCCACACUAGUUAUAAAGUGCAAACACGUGGAUCGCAUAAGCAGUUUGUGGGACCUCAAGGAUUGAAACCGGAAGAAUUGAAUCAAGAUUUGGCUCUACUACGCACUGCAAUAGUGAAGAAGGAGAAGUAG